AUGUUAUAUUUAUUUGCCAUUCUGUCCGUAUCUAUAGGGUUAAUAAGUACUUUGAUUUAUAUAUGGUUCAAAUGCCAAUUUACGUACUGGGAAAAGAAAGGAGUGCUAGGUCCCAAACCCACCUUCUUCUACGGAAACGUUCGCGACGUUAUAAAGAGGAAGAAACAAAUAUUUCAGCCUUAUUGCGACGCUUACUUCCAAUACAAGCACUUGCCGUACGUAGGGCUAUACUGUUUUAAUAUACCCGUAUUGAGUAUCAAUAAUUUAGAUCUCGCUAAGGACAUACUUGUGCGGGAUUUCGAGUCCUUCAAUUCGCACGGCGUGUAUUCAAGCUCGAGUGUAACGGACCCGCUCGGAGGUCACCUUUUUCACAUAAACGGGCCCAAGUGGAAAUCGCUGCGUAGGAAGCUUUCACCGAUUUUCAGCCCAGCGAAAUUAAAGUCCAUGUUUCCUUUUGUCGAGAAAACUGCGAACGAAGCGUUGACGUACAGUGAUGCGAUGUACGAGAAAAAGCGGGCUAUAAACUUCGCCGAUCUCUAUGGGAAGUACGCUGUGGAGAUUAUUGGUAGCGUCGGUUUUGGUAUCAAGAACGAUGGGUUCGUUAAAGGCGAAACGGAAUUCCAUAGGCGAUGCAGAGAUUUCUUUGAAUACACCUCCACCUAUUGGACUAUAAUAAGAGGACUAGCAUUUUUCGUACCAGAAUUUUUCAAAAAGUUCGGACUGAAGCGCACAGAUCCAGUGAUUAGCAAUUUCUUUUAUAAUUUAGUAAAGGACGCCGUUGACUAUCGUGAGAAAAGUAACUAUCAUCGUAAUGACUUCUUGCAGACCCUUAUUGAUCUGAAGCAGAACGACCAGAAAUCAGGAGGUGAAGAAGACAAUUUUUCCUUCACGUUGAUCGACAUAGCGGCGAACACGAUGCUCUACAUGUUCGCUGGCUACGAAACAUCAGCUACAACCGGAAAGUACGCGGCUUAUGAGUUGGCCCGGAACCCCGAUAUACAAGCAAGAGUGAGAGACGAAGUGAACAGGGUGCUGGCGAAAUAUAAUGGACAAUGCACCUAUGAGGCGCAGAACGAAAUGACGUAUAUGAAUAUGGUUCUUGAAGAAACCAUGCGAAAAUAUCCACCACUGCGAGCGUUAUUCAGACGAUGCAACCAAGACUACAAAGUGCCUAACACUGAUCUUGUAAUCGAAGCUGGUACCUUAAUAUUCAUCCCCAUCCACGCAAUACAAAUGGAUCCAGAUUUGUUCGAAGAUCCAGAGAAAUUCGAUCCUGAAAGAUUCACGCCUGAAAAUAAAGGCAAGAUGCAUCCAUGCCAGUGGAUGCCGUUUGGAGAAGGACCCAAAAAGUGUAUAGGUGUGCGUCAAGGAUACAUCCAGUCUAAGAUGGCGCUGGUAAAGCUUCUAACGAAAUACGAAUUGGUUCUGGACGAAAGGACCAAGGUCCCCAUGCCGGUGAAACCCACGGCAUUCUCCUGUGCGCCGGAGAGCGGAAUUUGGAUUAAAUUGAAGAAACUCGAAAAUAAAUAA